CAGGAAUCCCGUGAGGCUGGGGACGUUCAAACGUGAAGGUGUACAAUCUAGAGUGAUCUUCCCGCCGAAUUCUAAUCUAAUCUGGGGAUCGUGGAGUCAGCUGGACCUCGGUUGAUUUCUUCGUUUCACGUCCCGCCUCCGCAUCUCGUUCCCAUCAUUGAGCUGACCCGGCCACUCAUCACUGCGUGGGCCUUCAGUCAAACUGUUUCGAGGAUACGUCCGGCCUGAAUGAUGGUAAGACAUUGUGAUUGACUGCCGAGGAUUCUUUUUCCAAUAUCUCUGCCUCUGUCCCUCGCCAGUUGUCUACUACAGCCGGAUGAGCAAGAGAACACUUCGGAAUCCUCCUCACUUGAUACCUACAACCAGGUACAUUUAACUAUCGAGGCACGCCAGCAAAGGCCCCUUGACGCAAUAAAACAACCAACCUCCAGAGCCCUCAGCGGCUCUUUCGGCUAUCUUGAUCCUGCCUCGAGUAACAAAAACACUUCUACCCGCAACAACCACAACCCACCAUGGCAUCACCCGAGGAAGCAGUGCUCUACCGCACCGAAGGCCGCGUGGCCAUCAUAACUCUGAACCAGCCGAAGAAACUCAACGCCAUGAACCAAGCAACCUACUACCGCAUCUCUUGUCUGCUGCGUGACAUCGCAGCAAACCCAGACAUCAGCAUCACCGUAAUCACCGGAACAGGGCGGUUCUUCUCUGCCGGCGCAGACGUGACGACGACCAGACCAGGCGGCGACUCCGGCGCCCACAAGGACCAAGUAAGGAACGACAUCCUGCGAGGCUUUGUGUCCAACAACCUGGACAUCACACGCUCAUUCUACACACACCCCAAAAUCCUAAUCGGGGCCCUCAACGGCCCCACGGUCGGUCUAUCUGCUGCACUCCUGGGCUUUUGCGACUUUGUCUAUGCCGCUCCACAUGCGUUCCUCUUGACUCCAUUCACAUCGCUCGGUUUGGUUUCCGAAGGCGGCGCCUCGAUCGGUCUGGUCCAGCGUCUGGGCCUGCCCAAGGCCAACGAGGCCCUGAUCAUGUCGCGGAAGAUCCCGUGCGACGAGCUCGUGGCCUGCGGAUUCGUCAACAAGGUGUUUUCGGGCAAGGACCAGAACGACAGCGACGGGUUCUUGAAGCAGGUGUUGGCCGAAGUCAAUGAUAAACUGGGCGACCAUCUGAAUCAGGAAAGUCUGGUCAAGAUCAAGGAGUUGAUCAGGCGGCCGUACCUCGAGACUUUGGAGGCCCAGGGUGUCAGGGAAGUCAUGGAGGGAAUGCAGCGGUUCGUCAGUGGUGCUCCGCAGGAAGAGUUUAGGAAGAUUGCCAGUGGGCAGAAGAAACAUAAACUGUAGACUCUGUUACAUGAGGAAUAUACAUACUUGUGUUGGUUGGUAUGGUCCAAGAGGGGCAGAUGCGGAUCUGCGGAAUCUCAUGAGUUCGGCCAUCAUUACGUCGCUUCCGAAAAAUGAGAUUCAAGGUACAGCAUGCUUGUUGAGAAUACUGGUAUGUAGUUUGCCUUGCCCUUCGCAAUGACCUUCGUAGACUCGGACGACAACUUGAAUAUAAGCCCCCCUAUACCCUCCUUGUCCGGGUCCAGGAUCUUUGGCACUACUCCCAUGACCUGGAUCUAACAGAUUGGACCGGAUCGUAUUUGCUUCCGUAAUCAUUUGUGCUUCCAAAUCGAGGUCAGG